AUGGGCGGCCACGGGCCGGAGCGCGCGGGGCCUGGGGGCUYGAGGCCUGUGGAGUCAAGGCUAGCGGGAUCUGGGGGCGACCCUCAUCAGGACCAUGAUACCUCUACUGAGAAUGCAGAUGAGUCCAAUCACGACCCCCAGAUUGAGCCUAUAGUUUCGCUCCCUGAGCAAGAAAUUAAAACGCUGGAGGAAGAUGAAGAGGAACUUUUAAAGAUGCGAGCAAAGCUACUUUGAUUUGCUUCAGAGAAUGAUCUUCCAGAAUGGAAGAAGGGAGGCACUGAUGAUGUCAAGCUCCUGAAACAUMAGGAGAAAGGAACCAUCAGCCUUCUCAUGAGGAGGGACAAGACCCUGAAGAUAUGCGCCAACCACUAUAUCACRCCAACGUGGAUGGAACUGAAGCCAAACGCCGGCAGCGACCGUGCCUGGGUUUGGAACACCCAUGCUGACGUUGCUGAURAGUACCCUAAGCCAGAGCUGCUCGCCAUCCGCUUCCUAAACGCUGAGAAUGCACAAAAAUUCAAAACAAAGUUUGAAGAAUGCAGGAAAGCGAUUGAAGAGAGAGAAAAGAAAGGACUGGGCAAAAAUGAUAAUGCUGAAAAAGUGACCGAAAAGCUGGAAGCUCUUUCUGUGAAGGAGGAGAACAAGGAACCUGGAGAGGAGACCGAGGAGAAAUCGGAGAAGCAAUGAGUCGUCUUAAUUUCUUUUCCUUUUUCUUUUC